CUCACCCGUCACCACAGGACUUCAAGUCAUGCUAUGAAAAAUAAAGUGAAGAAAUGGAAACUGAGAAUUACACCAGAGUGACAGAAUUCGUCCUCACAGGGCUGUCCCAGACCCGGGAGGUGCAACUGGUCUUAUUUGUUAUAUUUCUCUCCUUCUAUAUGAUAAUCCUACCAGGAAAUGUUCUUAUUAUUUUCACCAUCAGGUAUGAUACCCACCUGACUUCACCUAUGUACUUUUUAUUGGCAAACCUCGCCUUCCUUGACAUCUGGUAUUCCUCUAUCACAGCCCCUAAGAUGCUUGUGGACUUCUUUGCUGAAAGGAAGAUCAUCUCCUUUGGGGGCUGCAUUGCUCAACUCUUCUUCCUGCACUUUGUUGGGGCCUCUGAGAUGUUCCUGCUCACAGUGAUGGCUUUUGAUCGUUACGCUGCCAUCUGCCGACCCUUACACUAUGUUACCAUCAUGAACCGGCGCCUCUGCUGUGUGCUGGUGGCCUGCUCUUGGUUGGGUGGUCUUGUCCACUCCAUAAUCCAGGUGGCACUUAUCAUCCGUCUGCCAUUCUGUGGACCCAAUGAAUUGGACAGCUAUUUCUGUGACAUCACACAGGUGGUCCGCAUUGCCUGUGCCAACACCUUCCCAGAGGAGUUGGUGAUGAUCUUCAGCAGUGGGUUGAUCUCUGUAGUGUGUUUCGUUGCUUUACUCUUGUCCUAUGCAUUCCUCCUGGCCAUGCUCAAGAAGCACUCAGGCUCAGGCAAAAGUACCAACCGGGCCACGUCCACCUGCUAUUCCCACAUGACCAUUGUGGUCUUAAUGUUUGGCCCAUCCAUCUAUAUUUAUGCACGUCCUUUUGAUGCUUUCUCCUUAGACAAGAUAGUAUCUGUGUUUCACACUGUGAUCUUCCCCUUACUGAAUCCCAUCAUCUAUACAUUACGGAACAAGGAAGUAAAAACUGCUAUGAGGAAGAUGGCCAACAAAUAUAUCUUAUGUAAAGAGAAGUGA